UAUAGUUCUUCUCGAUUUUUUAAAAAAUAAGGAAUUUUAUAAAUAUGCAUCUCGAUUUCCUGGUCCAAGAUGUUUGCCUUUAAUUGGAAAUGCUUAUUUAUUUAGUACCACAAACUUGACUAAUGUCCUCAAAACGUACAUGAGAAUUCUUCACAUUUAUCCAUCACCAAGUCGAUUGUGGAUGGGAAAUUCUUUCUGGAUUAAUGUUUAUGAUGCGGAUCAAGUACAGAAUAUUCUCACAAAAGUGAUGGAGAAGGGAACUUUUUAUAAAUUUUCUGAAUCUUGGCUAGGCAACGGACUUACAAUUAGUUCAGAAUCAAUUUGGCAUUAUCAUCGAAAAUUUCUUCGUUCUGCAUUUAGUAUUAAAGUAUUGCGACCAUUUCUUCAAAUUUUUCAAAAACACUCGAAAAUUUUAGUUGAAAAUUUGUCAACUGAAGUCCUUGAAGGCAAAGAAUUUCAAAUAUUGACGUAUGUAUUAGAUGCUUGUCUGGAUAUCACACUUGAAACUACAGCAGGCGUUUCAAAAUAUUCAAAAAUAGAUUAUACGAAAUUUUUCAAUGAAGUUAACAGAGUUUUAGAUUUAAUGUUAAAAAGAGGUCUUUCCUUUUGGUUACAUCUGGAUAUAAUUUACAAAUUUACAAAAGACUUUGAAAUAUUUAAUGAGUCGGUUUAUGUUUUACGCAAUACAACUCACAAUAUAAUAAAUCAAAAACGAAUGGAAUUAAUGAAAAUGGAUAUGAAUGAGAAAGGAAACAGUUUAUCAACAAUUGUAAUUCUUGAUAAUUCUUUGGUAAUGAAAAGCCAGAAGAUAUUUACAUCACUACAGACAUUUUGUCACGAAUGGAAUACACAGAAAGAGUAAUUAAAGAAUCAAUGCGAUUAUUUCCACCAAUACCAAUUAUUUUACGCCAAACUACUGAAGACAUUAAAAUUGACGAAUUCGUUUAUCCGAAAAACAGUACGAUAUUUAUUGUGAUCUCAAAAAUUCAUCGCGAUGAAAAAUACUGGCCCUAUCCACUCAAAUUUGAUCCAGAUAGAUUUCUACCGGGAAAUGUUGCAGAAAGACAUUCGCAU